AUACCUGGCAGGAGUUGCUGCCCACUUUGACGCGUGCGGAUGCUGACUUGCCCGGCCUCUACUUCCUGGGCGGCACAGAGCCCCUCUAUGUGGUCGGGGGCAACACUCAGGACAACGUGGUGGUCUCCUUCAACCGGAGCCACCGGCAAUGGGGUCCGGUCCGUUCGCUGCCCAAGUGCAGCCUGGCUGGACAGGGCCUGGCUGUGGGUGAGGUGCUCUACAUGGCCUCCCCAGACUUGGGGGCCGUUUUGGAGGUGGACUUAGGGGUGCCUGACUGCUGCCUGCUGCCCCCACCGCCCUUCCCUCUCUACUAUGAGGCCUUCUUUCUCCUCCACUUCCCCUUGGAGGACCCUGGGGAGGAAGGAGGGUUCCGUAUCUGCUCUGGAACCUGCUUGACUCCAUUCUGGAACCCGGCCGUUGGAGACCAGCGGCUGCUUUCUCUGAGGCUCCUUGGCCUGGACUCAGGACUCAGGCCUCCUCCAUUGACCAUGCCUGGCUUCAAGGACCGCAUGAAAGCCAUCAAGGAACAUUUCAAGCCUCCUAAACGGACCAAGCCUGACCCCAAGGGCUGCUUCGAAGCUUCCGGGAAACAUAUCAAGCCUCCUACACGGACCAAGCCUGACCCCAAGGGCUGCUUCGAAGCUGCCACGAAACCUUUCCGUUGGAUGUUGCUAUGCGCAAAGCGCCCAAAGGAUGAGGAUGAAAAGCUUGAGGCAGAGAGCCUUCCCUCUUUGAUGGAAACAGAGGAAGAGAAGGAAGCAGGAGGGGAAGGAAAAGAUGGGGAGAAGGAUUUGGGCAGCCAUGAUCCCUCUCCUGCAGAGGUAGACCCUAAUCCUGGGCCCGCUUUGGACAGUUCACCACAACCACAGGUGACCCAUGCAGAGACCAUCCCUGAGAC